AUGGCUUCUUCUUCCGACGCACCGCUCACAACUCUCCACCCCGACCUCUUUCACGCUCACGUCCUCAGCCGUCUCGACGGUCCGUCUCUCGCCUCUGCCUCCUCUGCCUCCUCUCUGUUCCGCAACCUCUGCCUGCACGACCCUCUCUGGCGUCAUAUCUGCAACUCCACCUGGCCCUCCCUCAGUGAUCCCACUCUUCGCCCCGUCAUCUCCAACUUCCCCGCCGGCCACCGUUCCCUUUUCCUCGACUCCUUCCCCGUCCUCCAUCAUUGUUCCCGGCCCGAUCAUCUCGAUCGCUCGUUUGCCCCCGCAAAGGAGUGGAUUUCGGCCGUGGAUAUUUAUUAUCAUGACAAGCCCAUCUUCUCCAGGGUCCACCGGACCCAGACCCACACGGGUUGGUUCGAGUGUUCCCCUUUGUGGAUCGACCUGCUUGGCCCGAAAGAAUCGGUUCCGACGCCGCUUAAAUACGCGCGCAAAGACGAGGAUUGGAUGAAGCACCUGGAGGACACCUUGAGCCUCAGCUGGAUCCUGAUCGACCCCGCCCGGAAUCGAGCGGGGAAUCUGUCGAGCCGGAGGCCGGUGUCGGCGCAGCGUCACUGGUUGACUGGAGAACUGGAACUUUUUUACGCGGCGGUGAUCGCGUGUGAUGAAGGGCCGUCGGAGUGGGUCCAGUGCAACAUAAAGGUGGCGUGCACGUGCAGCGAGGAGGUUGGAGGGGCGAUGCGAGUGAGGGAAGUGAGCUUGACGGUGGAGGAUACGGACGGAAGGAGUCUGAACGGGAAGCAGAGUAUGGUGAUUCUGCAAAGGGCGGUUGAGCGUGGGAGGAGGAAAAUGGUGAACGAAGAGGAAGCAAAGGCGAGGUUUGAGGAAUUCUCGUCCAUCAAGAGAGACAGGAGGGAUAAAAGAGAGAGGAGCGAUCAGACACUUGACAUGGUUUUGAUUUUCGCCGUCAUCACCAUCUUCGCUUUCUUAUUUUGGUGCUUCUUCUCCUGA